AUGUCGAUUGCUGCUUCUAACACACGCUUCACAUCUAUCAAGGCCCCGGCUUUUAAAGUUGCCAAUUGGAUCAUCUUCGGCCUCUGCGCCAUCUAUACCCUCACCAGCUUCUUCACCAUCAUCUUUCAGUGCGAUCCACCUGGCAGCAGUUUCGACCUGCUAAUCAUCGCACGGAGUGGGAAACCAGCACAGUGUCUCGGGUUCGCCAGCAUGGACACUAUCCUCCGAGCCGUCAACAUUGGGCUCAACUGUUGUUUACUAGCAACUCCUAUCAUCAUCGUGUGCCAUAUCCACAUGUCUCGGAGCAAAAGGGUGCGAAUAUUUAUCUUAUUCGGUGUUGGUGCACUGGCUUUCGUUGGUAGCGUCAUGACGCUCGUCUCCCAGAUCCACCUCAAAGACGAUGUCCUCUGGAACUACACUGGAGUCCUUGGCUGGUCGCUAGCAGAGCUCGCCGUGGGUGUGGUCACAGUCUCGCUGCCGACCCUUGCGUUCCUUCUCCCGAGAUCGACGACAGCGACAUCACGUUCUGGCUGUGCAGAAGUCCAUGUUGUCCAUUCAUACCAGGACAAGUACUUACCCAAGAAUCGCAGUAACACUGUGCUUGUCAAUGUGAUCCGAUAUGGUCCAAGUCCGGAUCUCGUGGACGUCAGAGACCCCAAAGCCAUCUAUUGCACAGCGGAGGUCGAGUUGCAUAGGAAGAGUAUGAGCGCAUGCUCCGAGAGUCAAACACCGUUGACGGCGGUGACGAGGUCGAUGGCGAGACGUGCGCUAGAGACAGGGCCACGCUCGCUGACACGAAGUUCGAGUUCGCUCUGA